GCGAAAGGCAUUGUCGAGGCAUACAGUAAACGAUCAAAGGCAAUGGCUAAGAAGACAUUGGCUCAGCAGAUUGAGGAACUUUCAAAGCCAGAAAUUCCAGACUUUGAUAUUGAAGAUUCUGAAAGAGGCGUCUUCGACCAUCAUUCGGGUUCAGACUCUGAAGAUAAUGAUGGAGCAGAUGACGAUGCCCUUAGAAGCGAGCACUACGUGAAUGUUGGUAAGAGCAAACUGAGACAGAAUGGCAUUCACUUGGUUGACUCCAAAUAUAAAGGAAAAACCAGCUCUAGAAAGGACAUUUUUGAGGAAUCCGAGGUAGAAGACGAUAGUUCUGAUGGAGGAGAGGAGGAAGAUGAUGAUGAUGAUGGUGAUGACGAUGAAGUAUCCGAGGAGUCAGAAUUAUUGAACCAGUCUGAUUCAGAAAAUGGUGGUAAUGAAUCAGUUGAAGGUUCCGAUGACGGAUCUGAUGAAGACGUCGAGCAGGAGUCUGAGGACAGCUUUGAUGAGUCGGACCAUGAAGAAAGCACAGCUGAUUCCAAGAGAUUGAAAUUGAAAGAAAUGAUGGCCAAUGAACGCAAACAGAUCAUUAACAGACUAUCAUCUUCUAAUCAAACGGAAGCACUGAAAGGUUAUGCUGUUAUCUCUCAACAAAAAACAUUUGAUAAAAUCAUCGAUUCAAGAAUCAAGAUACAGAAGGCUUUGUCCAAUGCAAACUCACUGCCUCUAACGAACGAAGCUUUCGAGGAAUUUGCUGAUGAAGAAACAUCAUCUCUUGUUGAAGAUGCUGAAAACUCUCUCUCUUCACUUCUGAAUACACUGCUGUCUUUCAGAGCUGCAAACUAUAACAAAGUGAAAGCUACAAAGGAAAAUGUCAGUUUCAAACCAAAGAAGAGAUCAUUCAGUGAUUUUGUUUCGGAGACAGAAAGACUCGAUAAAGUACUCGAGAUAUAUAGAAACAAUACGCUUGUCAAAUGGUCUCAUAAAGUUCAGUCUGCAUCAGGUGCUCAGGCCCUCAAUACAUCAAAGUUCAAAGCACUCAAUCAAAGUGCUGCACAACAGGUGGAAGUGAACCUCGUUGAUAUGGAUAGGCUGAUAAAGAGAACCAGAUUAAACAGACGUAAUGUGACCCCACUUGGUCGCAUUGCUGAAGAAGCGGAAGAAGAUCAAACACAGAUAGAUAGAUCACUUAAGGAAGAUGCCGACGUGUUUGAUGAUGAGGAUUUCUAUAGGGUUUUGCUUAACGACCUGGUUGAUAAGAAGAUCUCAGAAUCAAAUCCUACUUCUGGUCUCGUUAUAACAAAGACUAAAGUGAAAAGAAACGUGGAUACGAAGGCCUCAAAGGGAAGAAAGCUCAAAUUUACCGUACAAGAGCCUAUUCAAAACUACGAAGUUCCAAAGGGAAACUUUGCUUGGGAUAACAACCAGAUUGAUGAAUUCUUUGCAGGUUUGUUAGGGCAACGAGUAGAUUUUGCUGAACACAGUGACCAGAGCGAGUCUGAAGACGAAGAUGAAGAGUUGAAGAAUGAUGACUUGAAAGUGUUUGGCUAAAGUUUUUAAAUUCAAUAGGUUGAUAUUAAUGAAGGUGUUUAUUAGGUAAUGUGCACAUCUAUAACCUUUAUUCUUCUUCAAAAGAUCUGAGAGAACUACAUGCUGUACUGCUAUCAUCCUCGAUGAUGAGUUCUUCUUCCUCCUGUGUAUCCUGUGCUGCCCUAAUGAUUUGCGGCCAUUUACUGUGCACAACCAUCAACACUUCACCAAUGGCAAGAACUGUGAUACCAACACCAAGACCUAUCCACAAUCCACUGAUUUCAAAUCCAUACCUAAAAG